UAUUAAAUUAUUUAUGUUAUCAUAUUAUAGUACAGGACAGUUUCCUAAAUCUUUAGAUCCCCCAUCUCGUUUCAAGCAAAGAUAAGCAAGCAAAGUAUUUGAUCUAUCAUUUAAUAAAGGGAGAUGGAGAAUCUAUGUACAAAAGAAACUUCGAGGAUCCCUAAAAACAUGAUUUCAAACAAAGUGCUCAUGCUUUGAAUCAAGAGUUCCAUCAUAAACAAUACCAUAAAAUUAAUGCUGAUUAUAAGUAUUUCAGUAAAUCUAAAUUACAAAGGGAUCGCUUCUUUGAUACUAUGCAUAACACUACAAAUCAAUAAAAAUAGGAAGAUAAGCUAUUCUAUGAAAGUGCUGCAAGACAACAGAAUCUAGAUUAACCAAAUCAUUUGCAUAAUUGGAAAAUUGUAAAGGAGCGACAAUAUGCAGAGUAUGUAACUGCAAAUAUUUAAUAGACGAGUGCAAUAACAAUCUAAAUGUGAUCAAGGGAAACUUGUAAGCAAGAAUGAAUAUUAAGCUACUCAAUCAUCAAAUACUGAAUCCAAGACCAAUACCUUGGCUAGAUCAAAUAUGUUCGAAAUAUCAAAGCCUUUAUUAAGAAUUAACAAUGAUCUCAAAAGCCAAUAAUUGAUAAAGAAUGUGUAAAUCGUAUCUGAUGAUAUCCCAGACUGGUGCUCCUCUACUAAUAAAUAUUAUACUCCUGAACAUAUAGAGUAAAUUAAGAAGCAAAGACAGUAACAACUAGCCAAAGCUGACAUCUUGGGUAAUUUUAUUAAGGAACCCAAGAAGGAUCCCGAUAAUAAGGUUUAUCAAGACAAUCCCUUUGUUGGCUAAAGAUAUGUAAUUUACAUUCACUUAAUUUAAGGAACCAAAACGCAUGUGUGUAUUUUAUGAUAAACCAGAUCAUGUCAGGGGAUAAUAAUGUGCUACUUAGGAUUUAAGCAAAUCUAAGGUGAAUUUAACAUGGAAAGAGAAUGUUUCGUCCUAAAGAUUUGAACCAAGAUUACCUGUGUCCAUAGGAAGAACAGAUCAGCCUGUGAUUAAAUCCCUCAAUUAAAAAAGAGAUCCCAAUUUUCCAAAAGUAGAAAAAAUUGGAUAAUCAGAUGUGUAUCUAUAUUUGAUUUUUAUGUAGUUAUAAAAAAAUAGAAAAGGAUAAACCGAUCUAAUUAAAAAUUGGCCAUGGUUCUCCUUCUACGUUGAAUCCAGUCAAAUAUUGA